UGGCUUGUCUCAAGCGGCAGAACGUGAGUUGUCCGAACAAUCCCCAGCUCUUCUUCCUCUACGUCUCCGCAGAACUCAUUCGCGCACACGAAGCUGGCGCGGUCCAACAGGACAUCAGGGCAGGGAAUGUGCUGUUGAUCGAGAAUUGUCUCGAGCCCGAGAGGCUCAAUGGUUUUGUCGUCGACUGUGACUACGCUGCGCUGAGUGAAGAGGCGCUGAGAGUUCUGAGGGAUGUCGUC